AUGACAAUAUUAAAUCGGAUCCAAAACACUGGAGCAAAAGCAACCAUCAAUUCAGCAUGUAAAGGGGUCAUAGUGAAUGAAACAUGGGUCAAGAAACAUCGCUUCCCCAUGUACUCACUCAACCACCCAAUUUGCAUACACAAUAUUGAUGACACGAUAAACAAAGCAGGUCUCAUCUAG